AGAUAACUCUAAUUUGACAGACGCACUGCAAGGCCAGGGUGAGAUUGCACUAUGUUUAAGCAUUGCAAAUUAUGUAACAUAACAUCUAGAAUUGUGAAUACAUUGGCAUCGAGAAACUUAAACUCUGCGAGCUAUGGUACUGACAAGGCAGACAUCGUUAUAUCUGGAGGUGGGAUGGUUGGAACAGCAAUGGCAUGUGCAUUAGGACAUGCUGAUUACCUACAGGACAAGAAAAUAAUCCUUCUGGAGUCAGCUCCUGAAAAGAAAAAUUUCAAGCUGAGUGAACGAUUUAGUAACAGGACUUGUGCUAUUAGUCCAGCAACAGUCAGCUUAUUUCAGAGUACAGGAGUAUGGGAUGAAAUCCUGCAGAUGAGAUGUCAGUCUGUCAAGAGGAUGCAGGUGUGGGAGUCGUGUUCCGAUUCUCUGAUCACCUUUAAUGACGAGGAGCUGAUGAACGACCUUGCUUACAUUGUGGAGAAUGAUGUGAUCUCGGAGGCCAUAAGGCGACGACUGUCCGCAAUCUCAGACCGCGUGGAGAUUCAGUAUCAGACAUCGGCUAAAUCCUACAUCAUACCGGGGGCCACACCUGGCCACGACGACGUGGAUCAAAACACCUGGGUUACCAUAGAAACAAACAAAGGACAAAGAAUCCAGUCAAAGUUACUGAUAGGAGCAGAUGGCAUGAACUCUGCAGUUAGAAAAGCUGGAAAAUUCCAUGUGUUUCAUCAUGACUACAAACAACAGGCUCUGGUGGCCACCCUGGAAGUCUCAGGGACAUCAGACAACAAUGUUGCUUGGCAGAGGUUUCUUCCCACAGGACCAAUAGCUAUGUUACCAUUAUCCAACAAUUACAGCUGUUUGAUUUGGACAACAACUCCAGGAAAAGCAAAAUAUCUGAAGGACUUAGAAGACGACAGUUUUGUUGAUGCUGUUAAUGAUGCGUUUUGGCAUGAAAGAGAUAAGAAUUCAACAGUAAUGUCCAUUUCACACAGAUACCAAGAAUUUCUGAACAGUAUUUUUACUGAUAACCAGGUGAUACGUCAAUUACCUCCUACAGUGGUGGGGGUGGAUCCAGGAAGUCGCGCUUCAUUUCCCCUGUCUCUCACCCAUGCCUCAAACUAUGUAAAGCCACGUGUUGCCUUAAUUGGUGAUGCAGCACACAGACUCCACCCGCUGGCUGGCCAGGGUGUGAACCUGGGAUUUGGGGAUGUCAGUUGUUUGUGUAGGCUGGUGGCAGAGGCGGUCCAAUCAGGAUCAGAUGUAGGCAGUCUGUAUUACCUCACAAAGUACGAAACUGAACGCCAGAGGGCAGUGUUACCCGUCGUCACGACGAUACAUGGUUUACAUUAUCUGUAUUCUACAGACUUAUCUCCCGUGGUGCUAAUACGCAGUCUAGGAUUACAGUCAACUAAUGCUCUACAGUUUGUUAAGAACAAAAUAAUUCAGCAGGCAUCAGCAUAAAGAUUACAGACCAACAGUCUCUCUAGACUUUAAUAACAAACCAAAAAAUGACAUAGCACUUCUAAUUUAUAAUUAAUAUUACAAUUAUGCUGCUAAGCUUAAAAAUGUACUUUGAAGCAAUAAUAAAUUAUAAAAUUUCAUAUUGCUUAAAGAUCCUCCAGUGUAGCUCUUGUAAUGACGUUGUACAAAGAUAAAAAUACUGAUUUGUACCGGUA